UAUUUUUAUUAAUAAUUAAAAAAAAAAUCCAAUAAUUUUAUUUUCAUUUUCGUAAAAUGUACAUUUUUUUUAAAAUAAUAUUUUAUUUAUUUUAAAACUUACUCUUUAUUCUAAGCACUGGUUUUUGUUUUGUGAAACUAAAUUCUUUGUGGCUUUUCGUAGCACCUGGUAUUUGUAGAGACCCGGGCAGAGGAGAGAGAAAGAGAAACAAAGGAAGUAAGAAAUCCCCACAAUUUUUUUUGGUUUUGGUUUUCCAGUUUUUUCUUUUCCUUUCUCAGGAAAUUUUGGGCUGAACCGAUCAUCAUCUUCAAAAUCCAUUAUUGGUUUCAACGUUUUUGUGCUUUUCUACUUAUCCUAAAUCCUGUUACGUGUAUUCCAUUUCGUUACCAUCACAGGCGUGUUCUUCUUCCAAUAUAAUUUUUUUUUUAAAAAAAAGUAAAGAAAAAGAAAUCAACCAUAUCAGGUUUUGAUUAUUGAUAUUCUGUGCCGAAUUUCAAGUUUGUACCAAAAUCUAAUUUUUUUUUUUCCUAUUCUGUGUCUUUAUCAAAGUUACGUGGGAAUCGAUUCUUGGUCCUAUAUUUUUGGCUUCAAAACUUACAAAGUCCGGUCUUUGAAUUCUGGGUAUUGAUCAAAAUUAUAUGAGAAAUCUCUUUCUCAUCUGUGUUUCAUUAAAAUCCGAUGGAAACCAAUUUUUGAUGUCUGGGUGUUGAUUAGAAGCAGAUUUUGUCGAUUCUGGUUCCCGGAUUUCAUUUGUGGAGCGGCCAACCAUGGCCAGAAAGUCAGGGUCUCUAGAAUAUUGGAGGAAUUACUUCAGGACUGCGAAUUCUGAUAUUUUUGAUAUAAUUGACCAUGCGAUCAUGGUGGCCGCUUCGGAUUGCCCGAAAGAGUUUAGAUUGAGGAGAGAUCGAAUUGCUGAGAGGUUGUUCAGUUGUAGAUUAACAAGGUGUUCUGGCUGUGACCACGUAGAGUUAGCUGUGCCUGGUGGUGAUGAAGGUGAUGACUCCGAUGAUGGAGGUUUUAAGAGUGAUUUUGAUAGAAAUGGAGGUGAAUUUGAGGCUGGAGCUAGUAAAGAGAGCAAGGUGAAUAGCACUAGAGAUGAUCAAGCUGAGAUGAAUAGGAACCAAGUUAGCAAUUUCAGCUAUGGAGAUGCUGAGGCAUUGACUGAUGAGAUUGAAGAAGAGUCCCAAAUUGUUGAGGAAGUAUUUAGGAUCAAAGAGAUUCUUCAGAAUUGUAAAGAAGAGUCUGAAUCAGUGCUGUACGAUUCUUUGAGGAAGCUUCAAUUAAUGUGUCUAACUGUGGAUACUUUGAAGGCAACUGAGAUUGGAAAGGCGGUUAAUGGUCUUCGAAAGCACACAUCAAAGGAUAUUUGCCUUCUUGCACGAACUCUUAUUGAUGUAUGGAAAGGCAUGGUUGAUGAAUGGGUUAGUGCUGCUGCAGCUAUUACAAACCAGAACUGCACAGAAGGUACCCCAGAUUCUGUAAAUCCAUCCGUUGUUGAUGAUGAAGAAGAAGAAGGGCUCCCAUCUCCUCCUUUGGAUGUAGGAUUUUUCUUUGCUGCUCAACCAUCUGCAAUGGAACUAUCAGGGUUCUUCGACGGCAUGGAUGAUGAUGGAAAUCCUAGGACCAGUGGGGAAUUCAACAAGGACCGUGAGAACGGAAGAAAGUCAUCCAUGGAGAAUAAAAAUGUUCCAAAGCGAAAGCAGAAAUUUCCUUCAGAGCUAAAUGUGCUUCGUGUGGAAAAUAAAAACCAACAAAUGAAGAAACAAGAAAUGGUCACCAAACCAACUAGACCUUUAAACACUGAAUCUGGACCUGGGAGACCUCCAAACAUUUGUAAUGAGCACAAGGACAGCAACGACUUGAAGUUCCAGAAAAGAACUGAUAAGCCUACUCUUCAGAAGAGGCCACCGGUUAUUGCUCCACAAGAUAAAUUCAAGUCUUCUGAUGAAGAUGUGAAACUUGAAGCCACUAAAAGGAAACUCCAGGAGCGGUAUCAACAAGCUGAGAAUGCCAAGAGGCAACGGACGAUACAGGUUAUGGAAUUGCAUGAUCUCCCUAAGCAGGGAAUUGUGCACAGAAAUCCACUCGUUAAACCUGGUAACCAUAAUCGACAUUGGGGACAUGGACGUCGAUAGGUCGUCGGUUUUCUCAAUAAUACUGGUUUCACUAGACUUCCUUAAGUUUCUUCCAUUUUUAAUAUGGUGGAAGACUCUAAUAACCCAGCUUUUGGAGGCUUGCUUGACACUUGCGAGUUGUGAAUCAGAAAUAAGAGAUUCAUUCACCAUUCUUACUGGCUGAGGUUCUGUCUCUGUUGUAGAGUGAAAAAAAAUAGAAUUUAUGGAAACUUUUCCAUUAGACAUUUAGAUAAAAUUUUAAUUGAUGAAAACAUUGAGAGACAGAUUAUAGAUUUAUGCAGACUGGACUAAUCACGGUUGUUGUUCUCA